AUGGCUGUAAUGAUCGACCGGGUGCUCGUCAUUCACAUCAAAGUCGACGACAUCUUGACGGAUGGAAAACUGGAUAUUGGAAAUACUCAAGAGAUACGAGGUGGUGAAAAACACUCUCCAAUGUCGGACGAUGGAUUGUAUGGAAGGAAGCGCGAAGUGCAAUCAAGAGGCCUAAUCGCAUGA